UGCAGCAUGUCGCGCUUGACCGAACUGAAGGCUAACAGCUAAUAAACAUCCUUGUAUCAUUUUGGUCCCGUUUAUUGCUGAAAAAAGGCGUAUUUUGUUGAUUCCUUUGGGGUGUUCGAAGAAAUACACUAACCAACACGACUCUCUUGGCGUCGGCAGUUCUUUCAGCGACUGUCAGCCUUGGGGAAGGUCAAAAUUGUGACGUUUUUUUUAGAGAAGUGAACGAGGCGACGGAGACAUUGCAGCCGCAGUUAGCAUUGGGAGCUAGGCGAAAACAAAGAUGAUCGCGUUGAUUAACAGGCUUCUGGACUGGUUCAAGGCGCUUUUCUGGAAGGAAGAGAUGGAGCUGACGCUGGUGGGGCUGCAGUACUCGGGGAAGACCACCUUUGUGAACGUGAUCGCGUCUGGCCAGUUUAGUGAAGACAUGAUCCCCACAGUUGGCUUCAACAUGCGGAAGAUCACCAAAGGAAACGUCACCAUCAAGUUGUGGGAUAUCGGAGGCCAGCCCAGGUUCAGAUCCAUGUGGGAGAGAUACUGCCGAGGAGUCAGCGCCAUUGUAUACAUGGUGGAUGCUGCAGACCCAGAAAAGAUUGAAGCAUCAAAAAAUGAACUCCACAACCUCCUGGACAAACCACAGUUGCAGGGAAUACCAGUGUUGGUUCUGGGGAAUAAGAGGGACUUACCGGGAGCCCUGGAUGAGAAGGAGCUCAUCGAGAGGAUGAACCUGUCUGCGAUCCAGGACAGAGAGAUCUGCUGCUACUCCAUCUCAUGCAAAGAGAAAGACAACAUUGACAUCACCCUGCAGUGGCUGAUCCAACACUCCAGGACCAAGAGGACUUCAUGAGACUCCCUCCUCCCUCCUCUCUAAACGUGCCCUCCAUUAUUAGUGUCAUCCUCCAUCAUGUGCCGUAACUCUUGGCAACCCUAUGAAUUCUAAUGAGCUAAACUUAUUGAUUAAGUAUUCUCCGGCGAUUUGUACUUGUUUUUACUGAAAUGAAAUAGUCCAACUGCUUUUUAACAUUUGAGCAAAAGGAGUUUUAAGUGAUCUAGGCCCCCAAAACCUCCAUGAAUCACUACUGGACAACUGCAGAGGUUAGUUGGGUCUAAAAUUAUUCAGAUCAUGGAAGCUUUUAACACAAGGACAGUAAUAAUGGAGGGCAUUGAACCGUCUCCUCAUUCCUCCUUUCCUCGUCUCCUACCUUCUCUUUUUUUUUUUUCUUUUCUUUUCCUUAAGGUGCACUGUGUAACUUUUCUGGUGGAGGGUCCGUCAUCCACUUGUCUCCAUGGUGAUGCUAUUGCUUCACCGGGAUGUUCCAAACAAAUGUAUUUCUUCAAUUACAGGUGUUUUUAUUUCUCAAAACUACCACAAAAAAAUGUAUUAUUUCUGUGAGCGAGUCCAGUUUUCCACAGAUCUGGCCUGUAACUUGGCCUGGUGAUAGAUCCUGCUCGUCUCCAUGUAGAUUAAAGAUUAAAUGCCAUACAGUAGAGAAAAAAGCAAACAAAUGGAGUUGAACAGGUGGCUGCGAAUAGCCAGGCUGGCACCACCUAGUGUCUCUGCUCAAUUUCAUUUCUCUCCAGCAACUAGGUCAGGAAUUGGAAUACACUAGACGAUUUGCAAAAGUUGGAGUUCAGGCACCAGCCAAUCAGCGAAGAGCCAUACAUUCUGUGUUGGCAACGAUUCCCAAGGUCGAGGAUUUAAAGCCGGCACAAAGAGAAUGUUUGGUGGAUUUUAUCAAGGGGAAAGACGUUAUUGCCCUUCUUCCUACGGGAUUUGGGAAAAAGUUAAUAUACUACUUAGCCCUGUUAGUGGCGCAUUGCAAACGUCACGACCGAAUAGCAGCGAUUGAUUAAAAAAAAUAAAAAAUGUACCCGCCUACCGUCGAGCGAACAAAUCCUAAUGCUGCGAGGUCAGACGGUUUCCACGAAGUGAAACCGGCUGAUGAAUCAAGCUAGGCUGCGAACCCUCUGCUAGAAAAGUUACACAGUGCAGCUUUAACCUUUGUCUCCUGCACUCACUGCUAUAUUUGGCAGAAUUAUCAGUAUUUAGUGAUAUAAACUGAAUUGAAACAGGUCAAAUUUCUUCCCUUUGCAGCAGAUCUUUUCUCUAACAUGGCACUCUUAUUUUUUGCGAUCAGACGUUAGAAAAUGUUCACAACCAAAUUAAAAGUGGUUAUUUCCAUUCCUUCUCUCUGAUUGGCUGUUUACUCAAAGCAGUGUCCGUGCAGAUUUACCCCUCACUUCUCUUACCUCUUCUCAUGGAUGUCUCCUUUUUAUUGCACUGUUUUGUUUUUGUAAAAUAUUAAUGAUCAAAUCCUAAUAAUGUUAAUAAGAAGAAUACAAAAACAGUGUCCAGGCUUCAUCCUGAUUGACACAGCGCCCCCUACAGUGCAGAUCUGUUGAACUGCAGGGGGCACUGUUUGAAGAGAUGUAGCUUUGUUUUAAUAUUUUUUUGUUGGUUAAGAAACUCAUUUUUCUAUGAUUUGUAAUUUUUGUACAUUCUGUUUAUUUUCUUUUUUGUUUUUCGCGAAGUUGGCGCUCGUCCUUCUCAACUUCCAUCUCUUUCGGCCUGUUGCUCGUGAUCUGUUUAUUCUUCCUUCCUCUGUCUGAUCUCAGUUUUAUUCAAGUGCACAAUAAUGAGACUGGUGAUAAUAAUAGAAGGUGGGAAGGACGCGCUCUGAUUAAAGUGUUUUUAUUUAAAUAUUUUGCUUUGUGUCAAAAAAUAAAACUGAACUGGAUUAAAAUGUAAA